CUCUGUUGAGCUCUGGUCUUUUCAUCAGGAAGGUUUGAAAGUCCUCUAUUUCCCCUGAAGAUAACUGCCCUAGUCUCCUGCUUGUUCUUGUUGUCCAUCAGGAGAAAGAGAGAUAGGACUGUUCUCUUUGAUUGGGAGAAUUAGGAGCCAGAUUGGAGGUGAUAAAAAGAUACUUAAACUCCAGGUGGAGAAGAUUUUCUAAAAAGAGAUGUUUCCAAAGCAGAAAAGAUUGCCCCAGGAGAUAGUGAGUCUAGUUCACAGGAAGACCUGAAGGAAAGGCUGGAUAGCUCCCUCUGAAGGAGGUCUGAAUCUCUGUGGUCAGGGGCUGAUAGAAAUUUCAGGGGAGCCAGAGCCUGAGAGGCAGACCUUCCUGGAGCUAGAACCUGGCAGAGGCAGCACAGCAGAGAAGCUGAGAAACCCAGCCUUUGAAGGAAAUGAAGAAGAGGAGGGACCCUGUCAGUGAAGUAGGAGCACAGACUGCAUGGAGACUGUCCAAGGGCAUGCGGGACCUUCUGACCUGCCCAGUCUGUGGAGGCUUCUUCAAUGAUCCUGUAACAGAGCAUUCUGGUGACACCUUCUGCCGGGAUUGUCUUCCUCAAAAAUCCCAGCCGCCAUACCUACGUACCAACUGGAAGAUGCAGAACAUGGUACAGCUGGCCAAGCAGCUGAUGCCAUGCCUUGAGGAGCCCCAGUCCAUCCGAGAGGGGUGGUGUGCCAAGCACCAGGAAAACUUGAGCUUUUUCUGUAGAGAAGACAAUGAGAAAAUCUGCCAGGUGUGCAGCUACUCCAUCCUUCACGAGGGCCAUACCCUGACCCAGCUGCAAGAUGUGGACACAAAAGAAGAGGUCCAUGCUCUGAAACGAUCUCUGUCCCUGUUGGAUCUCCCCAGGUUCCUGGCAGGCAGAGGCGUGCAGGAACCUUUGGGUGCUCAGCACCCUAAGCCAGUGCUUGGCACUUAGAAAGGUAUUCAUCAGCGCUCUUUGAAUGGAGUUACUCUUAUCUCCCCACCCCCCCUGGUGCUUCUGAAGAAGAGGGCAAGAUGGCCUCCACAUCUCUGGACCACUGAAUUCUCUUCCCCUGGUCUUUCCAUGGGGCACAACACAGGGCCCAAAAGAACUCUGCCCUUACCUUCACCCACACCCCCUCUGGAAUCCUCCUGGAAACCAAGAGUUGGUUCAUCAUGGACACCUUUUUAAGGAAGGGAGCCUGCAGGAUGGAAGAAAUUUCAAGUUGAAGCCUGAGAGAAAUUAUCAUCUUACUAUUCUGAGGGUACCCCCAAGAUUGGUAUGUCUGUUUUCUGUGCGUUACCUUACCAGGCAGGUGCACUGGACACAGAACAGAGUAAGUCUGUUUGCUGAAAGGAGCUGCAGUGAGCCCAAUCUUCCUCACUCCCAGGUGCCUUUGCUGGUGUUCCCUAGCUGACCUGGUUGAGCUCUGCACCCCAAACUGGCCUAAACCCUCCUUGCAGUCAGCUGUUCCAACAAAACGUCCUGCUUCUGCGCCUCACUGGUUCCUGGGAAGACUGGCCAUUCUUUUUCCUGACUCCUCCCCAGUCCUCCCCUUUGUGCUUUUCAAGUAUAAAUCUCCCCAGCCUCUCCUGGGCUGUGG